AUGCCAGACUUAGUUCUUCUACCGUCGACCACAUAUCAACCGCCCUCUCCGUCGCUGGCUCGACGGCCAGGGAGGUUACUUAAUACUAUAAUGGAGGAGGAAUCCGAGUAUCCGCAGAAGUUAUCUGCAUCCGAACACUGCAGGAACCAGGCGCAGUCAUCAAACGAAAAAAUAGUGUCGUGGCUAUCACCUCGAAGUGAUCACUUCCCUACACCCAGAGGGUUUCAUUUCUUAUCAGCGCCAAUAUUACCUUCGUCACCUUCGACCGUUUCAGCAGACGAAAGCAACUCGCCUUCCACCUCUUCCAACCCAUGGAACCGUUCAAGUACCUGUACUGAUGUCACCGAGUUUGAUGAUAUUUAUGAUACUUCGGACGACGAAAAGAGAAUGCUACCAGUGAGAAGGUCGUCGCUGAAGCGUCAGAACAGCUCUCGAGCGACGCCACCAAGACGGUCCAGUUCUCAUCGGGCACUUCCCAAGCUGACUAUUCCGGCGUCACAAGUGCAAAAUGCCGAAAGCUGGUCUGGGAGACCAGAUUUCAAGAAGCUCAUGUCCCCAGUGCCGCCCACGCCUCCGGCCAAGGUGGAGAUGUCACCGGCUGUAAUUUCCUUCUUGGAGAGGCAGCACGCAAUGGACGUCCCGACUAUAUCCGCCCCGCCGUCACUCGACGGAAGCAUGACCUCCGAGCAGAUGGCCGCUAUGUCAGCCCCGCCCACGCCGAUAAUUGGUGCUGAUGACGGAACACCGGAGUCGAAUUGGGCUGGUGUUCGUCUGCAACCUGGAGCUCUCGCAACCCUGCGCGCGCUUUCGGGCGGCUCUGAUGUUUCAGAAGAAGAGUACCAACACGAGCAAGUUAUUGAAAUCCCAGCACAGCCAGCUUCCGAGAUGUCCCAAGCCACUCCUCGUCUUUUCAGCUCUAUGCCAAGGCCAGCUUUGCGACUGGCAACUGCACAACAACAAUCUUUGAAUGGCUUAACCCGACUGGAGAUCCCAUCUCCUGGAGGUUUCUUCUCGGGGCUUUCGCCUCGGACUAGACAUACCUGGCACAUGCCUUCUAUGACUCCAGAUGACAUUGCACCUCCAACGUCGACAACAGCCGAACAGUUCUACCGAUGCCCCUGGAAUGACCAAUCCGCUCCUCCCGUGCCAGCAUUGCCACAGAACCUGCCUCCUCCGCCACCGCGACCGCAAAGAUUUGCCAAUGUACAAUUUCCGGAUGAUCAGUCAGAUGAUCUCCCCACGGCCCGUCGUGUCCCAGAACUUUCGGACACAUCGACAUCAUCGGCGACUCUUGCUGAGCCGACUUCGCCAAAAGAAGACAUUGUCGCCACAGAAAUUGUUACCGUGUAUGAUCCAGAAUAUACUAAAAAACAACAAGAGGAAGCCCUUUCUAACCUGGACCGGACUGAGCUAUGGCUCAUGGCUCAGAAGGUCUAUAUGAAGGGUGUUAAUCUUGAAGGUGAAGAUGAUCUGGAAGGCGAGACGGUCGAGAUCGCCCUUGAAGACUCGCCCAAGAUCAAGUCCCCAGAGUCUGAGACUUCCCCUGCCAGCGCUGUGGCCAAGAAGACUGUUCGCUUCUCGGAGAUCGUCAUCAAGACUGACAUUCCUCGCUCGCUGCCAUCCAGACUCUGCCGCCAGGAGUCUGCUUACUGGCGUGCCUUCCAAGAUUAUAUUAUCCGCAGUCGCAUGCAAGAUGCCUUCGUCCACAGACUCCCACGAUUUGAAGCACUGCAGGCGCAACGCGUUUCGCUUCGCGAGGCACACCGUAACCAGCUCCUCGGCAAGUACCAGCUCUCUGUUGUGCCACAAUCUGCCAAGAAGCGCAUGAGCGCCAAUGUCGUCCGUGGUGAUGAUGUGCUUGUAGAGGACCCCGAGAAACUGAAACAUGAGAAGGAGACUGAGGCGCUCAGCCAAAUGGCAACUGCCAACUGGCAUGUCAACGCCGUCAAGGCACUCAAUGGCGGUCGUCUUUUCUCCGCACCCUUGGCAAAGCGAUUGGCCCGUAUGUCUCGCAUGGCAGGGCCCAGCAAGCGUGCAAGGAUCCUGGACCUCGGUGGCCAGGCAACUUGCGACUGGGCAUGGCAUUGCGCUAUCAUGUACCCAAUGACCAAGGUGUACACAACAACCACAAAGGCCAUCCGCCAGCUCUCCAACUCGAACAUCCGUGGCCCUUCCAACCACCGCCAAGUCGCAGUGGAUCGCCUCGCUAAGCUGCCUUUCCCGGAUGACCACUUUGACCUUGUCUCGGCACGCGAGCUACACUCAAUACUUAAGUUCGUCGGUGAGAACGGUGAAGAUGAAUGGGACAGCUGCCUCAAGGAAUGCAUGCGCGUUCUCAAGCCCGGCGGUUACCUUGAGUUCUCUCUUCUUGACUCAGACAUCAUGAACGCUGGUCCCCUUGGUCUUGCAAGGUCCGUCGAGUUUGGUUUUGCCUUGAAGACUCUCGGCUACGACCCUAACCCUACCAAGAUGUUCCUGAAGCGUCUAAACCGUGCUGGAUUCGAGGAUACCCGUCGCGCAUGGCUGUGCCUCCCCAUGGGGGAGAAGCAGCCCGUCAACAAGAAUGUUGUUCGUGACAGCCGUGGCUGUGAAGUCAAGCUUGAGCUUGAAGCCAUGGUACAAGGCAGCACCGAGGGUGCCGCAUCCAUUGCUGGGUUGGCUGGCAGCUGGGCCUGGGAGAAGUGGCUGCUGCGAUGUGAGACUGAGAAGGUUGCCAGUGAAGGGAGACUCCUGGACAAUGCGGUCAUUCGUGAGGCGGGCAUGUGCCUCGAUGGCGUCCAUGAUGUCAUUGAGGAGGGAAGACGUUGCGGUGCUGGUUUCAGAGUGCUCAAUGGCUUUGCCACGAAGCCGAGUCCGAAAAAGGAAUUUGUUCCUAUCGCAUUGGUGCAGUAGAUGGGAUGAGUAGCGUGUGACAGGAAGUUCAUGUGAGCAUGUUGUAUAUGGUCAAUCGAUACCUUUUGUUCAGUUGGGGACUGGAAGAGAGAGGCGGUUGUUGUAUGACUACGUUGGCGCAUAGGGAUGGGAGCUCUCUAAAUGGCCUCAGGCGUUGUGGUGUCCGUAGGCAAGACUUGCAAAUAAGG